UUCCUUCUUGCGGCACUUCCUUGUUUCUUUGUCAGUAUCACCAUAAUGUUCGAAUCGUGCGAAUGUAAUAUAUGUGAUAUCUGUUGCGUUGAAUUACCGCGGUUUAAGACAAUCCUAACGAGUUACCUUGAAACGUUUAGGUAACUCCCUUCUAUUAGAAUCACGAAGAUGCUUGAAAGAAUAGAUUUAAAUAACACAACUGCAACUCUUGUGGCAUAUCAAACUCGAAAAGAUGAAUUCGUUUUUGAAGACGAUGAAUUCCAUGACAAACAAGAGAAAUGUAUUGGUCAGAGAUUCUCUGCAGAAGCAGCUAAAUACCAGUGUGAUGGAUAUGGAAGGAGCACCAGGUGUAGAGGAAGGUACAGUUGGCAAUUGCGAAGAAAGCAUGACUCUGUGUUCGGUAUUGGAAGCUGUAUUUCUACACGGCUUAAAGGACAGUCUCUUAAAUCGUGUAACAGAAGUUCUAAGUGGUCCAGAUUUCGAUGCUAUGCCUCAGCCAAGCUUUUGGGGUCCACUCUUAGUCUUCUCUCACAGACAAAUCAUAGACCAGAUACAGGCCUUCAGUCAACUUACCACAGAAGUUGGAUAUUGCAGAGCUUGGAUACGAUUAGCCUUAAACGAAGGACUAUUAGCUAACUACUUUUGUUCUAUUAGAAGAGACAAUUCAGCCUUGAAUCCAUAUUACAGCCGUUCUGCAUUCAUCAGAAAUUUGGAUCUUGUGGAAAUAGCGCAGAGAUUAAUUGAAAACUUAGAUUACAUUCACUUUGAGCUUGCCUGUAACAGUAGCCCUUUAAAUUUCUGGUCAACAACGCCUCUUCUAUUAGCAGGAAUAUGGUCACCACCAAUGAAGUCUUGUCCUAUAUUUAGUGCAGUUGAUAUUGCAAAGACAAUAUCUGCAGAUAAUGACAAUUUUGAAGAAGUUGAAAUAGCUAGUUCAAUUGGUAGCUUGGGAUCUUUUAAUUCAUCACAGAUUGCACUUAAUAAUAUAGCUUCUAUUUCAGAAGAUGAAACAUUACAAACUAUAUUGGCUAAUAAAGAAUCAAGCAACAUUAGUGUAGCACAUUUGACCAAUCAUCUAAGAGAUACUCCACCUCUGAAAGAGGAAGAAGAACCAAAUUUGCCAGAAAAAGAAGAAGAACCAAGUGUGCCAGCAAAAGAAGAAGAACCAAGUGUGCCAGAAAAAGAAGGAGAAAAACAAAUUUCAAAUACCACUAGUCCAAAACAUGAUGUAGGAACUAAUACAGUACCAGAUAUGGAAGAUUCAGUAAUUGAAAAUGUUGUACAAAAUCAUGAAACAUCACACGAUACUACUAUAACUACAGUAGGAAAUUCAUUGAUUAGAAAAUUGGGAUGGUCAACAUCAUUUGAAGACUGUGAAUCUUCCUUAAAUUCACCUGAUCCUGCAGCAGAUGCACCUCGUACACCAAGUGAUGGUGCUACAUACGAUUCAAUUAUUCAAAGCUAUCAUAUUGCUGGCAACACAUCUGUACCAGACCUUCAAGAAUUUAUAAAAAAAUAUCCCAAGAAAGAACCAAUAGAUGCUCAGUCAGAAAAUAAGGUCGACAUCAAUUUUGAUGAACAAUUGGGAAAAAUUCCCAGAGAAAAGGGUUUGGACACACAAAAUUAUUGUUGUUUUGAAUGUGGACAUGCAAUUGGCAUGACCUUUUCAAAAGCACAUGUUUGCUGUUAUUCAGGCCAUUAUUACUGUUCCAAAUGUAUGUCACAAGGUGAAUGCAUUAUUCCAUCAAGAGUAAUUCAUAAUUGGGAUCUAAAAUGUUAUCCUAUUUGCAAUAAGGCUGCAGCAUAUUUACAAGAUUGUCCAACAUUACUAGAUCUUAAAGUCUUGAAUCCACGUAUUUAUAUGGCUGUGAAUAGUAUGGCUCAAUUACAGUCAUUAAGACUUCAAUUAAAUUUAUUAAGAGCCUAUUUAUUCACUUGUCGUGAACCUGUAAUUGAGUCACUGCAAAAGAAGGUUACACCUAGAGAGUAUUUAUAUGAACAUGUUCAUCAGUACUCUGUUUCUGACCUUCUUGACAUACCUAAUGGAAUUCUUGCACAGCAACUACAAAAGAUCAUAGAAUUUGCAAGAAAUCAUGUUAUAAAUUGUUGGCUUUGCAGUCAGAAGGGUUUUAUCUGUGAAAUUUGUAACGAUCCGAAGGUUAUAUAUCCUUUCGAUAUGGGGUCUACAUAUAGAUGCGGAGCUUGUAACGCAGUAUUUCAUGCUGAAUGUUUAAAUGCAAAUAAGCCAUGUCCAAAGUGUGAACGCAGGCGCAAACGAAUGGACCUUCCGCUUUUAGAUGUGGGAUGUACAGAAUUAUCCGUGGUUGGUGGAUUAACAAUAAAUACAAAUUAG